AUGUCGGUGUUCGACGUGCACCGCAACUUUCCGGACCUCGACCCCGCCCAGGCCAGGCACGCGCUCCGCACAGCCGCAAGGGAGCUCCAGGAUCGCGGCCUCGUCGCCGCAUCAAAGUGGGCCCUCGAGCUACUGCAAUGCGUACCGCGGCCUCAGACGGCAUCCGACAUCGCUGAGCCCAUCCUCGAACCGCGCUUCGUGCAGAACGCGGGCGCCUCAACGCCGGCAACGAGGCGCUCACAUACCUUGCGUCCCGGUCACUUUCCAGAGCACUCUACGCCCGCGCUCGGUCUCCAGCAGCGCCUCGACGCUGGCGACGACGGCCAGGACCUAUCGGGCCGCUUCAUGCCACCGCCACGCUUCCCACCAUCUCCGCUCGCCAACGUCAGCCACAUCUCCGACCUCGAUGCAUCCUCAGUCUCGAUGGACAGCGAGGGCGUCGGAUCUGCCCACGUACACUGGCAGUCGACCAACAACUCCUACAGCUGCUCGCCCGGCCCCAGCCAGCUCCUGCCAGACGCCGACGACGAGGAUCGAGAGGAAGACGAGGACACCUACGCCCUCGCAAAGUCGUACUUCGAUCAGCAUCAACUCGAACGCUGCGCCUGGCUGCUGGAAAACAGAGGCUGCAGGGGCGACAGGGCCACCUUCCUCCGGCUCUACGCCCGAUUCUUGAUGUCCGAGAGGAAGCUAGACGAGCACGGCAUGAUCAUUCCCAAGCCCAACGGCAAGAUGCCCGCCACGAGCCCGGGUCUCGUACCGCUGCUCAAAGAGCUCAUCGAUCCUGGGGAUCCCUUCCUGCUCUUCCUAAAGGGCGCGAUCCUGCGCAAGCUCCACAAGCCCGUCGAGAGCAUGGACUGCCUCAUCCGGAGCGUGCAGGUGUUCCCGUACAACUGGGCCGCGUGGCAGGAGCUCAGCAUCACGCUGGAGCCGGGAGAGGCCGAUGAGAUUGCGGACCUCUUGCCAGACUCGUUUAUGGCCUCGUUCUUCCGCGAGUUCACCGACCGGCACGCCGCCCAGGAGGGCGACAAGAGCAUCGAGCGGAUCGACGAGCUCCUUCGCCACUUUCCCAGCUCGGCCUACCUGCUAACGUGUCGCGCCCAGACCCACGUCCAUCGCCUCGACUACAUCGAGGCCGAGCAGGACUUUCAGCAGGCCUGGUCCAUCGACCCGUACCGCAUCGAUGGCCUGAGCGACUACUCCAACGCCCUGUACCUCCUCAAUCGGUCCGCCGAGCUCGCUCAGCUCGCCCACAAGUUCGCCACGUUCGGAAAGGACCGGCCAGAGGUGUGCUGCCUCGUCGGCAACUACUACAACCAGCGGGGCGACCACCACCGCGCCAUCGAGUCGUUCCGCCACGCGCUGCGCCUCGACGCCGGCUGCGUGCCCGCCUGGAUCCUGCUCGGGCACGAAUACAUCGAGCUCAAAAACAGCCACGCCGCCGCCGAAAUGUACCGCCGCGCCCUCGAGAUCAACCCGCGCGAGUACCGCGCCCUGUACGGCCUCGGGCAGGUCUACGAGCUCAACGGCGCCUACACCUACGCGGUCCACUACUUUCAAAAGUGCGCGGCGAUCCGGCCGUACGACGGCAGGAUGUGGAGCUCGAUGGGCGUGUGCUUUGACAACCUCGGACGGUCGCAAGAUGCGAUAUCGUGCUUCAAACGCUACCUGACGUGCCGGCUCAACCACGGCGACACCGUCAUGGGGCUGACGCGCAUCAUCGAGGUGUACGAAAAGGAGCGCGACUUUGAGGCCGCCGCCUCCUACCAUCGCCGGCUGGUGCAGGUCGUCGAUCGCGGCCUGGCGGGCACCGAGGCCAACGUCGUGGCGCGCUACGUCCAGUCGUACAUCAUCGCCGCCCGGUGGGAGAUGGGCGAGAUCGGCAACCCGGGCUGGACCCGGGACCUCGAGGCGCGCCGGUCCAGACGCAGCGCGGCCAAGGCGAGGUCGAGGGCGAGGGCGGGCGCGGGAGAAGGUGACGUGCAGAUGCGGGAUGAGAGGAGGUCGGAUUCGGCGCCGCCGGCGGCGGCGGCGGCCGUUGCGCCAUACGACGACGACGAUGACGUGGACGACGACGACGAGGCCGUUUCCCCGGACUUGGUCGGCAACCUGGCCCUCGCAAACGACUACCUUCAAAAGGUGAUUGCGGCGGGGACCGAGAUGACCGACCUGGCCGAGGUGCUCCUCAAGCGGCUGGCCUUUUUGCAGAACUGA